AUGGCAGCCCACAUGGUUCGUCAAGUCCGUGGACUCUGCAGAAUUUUUAACGUUUUAAAAGGAAACUGCGAUGUUCCACUACAAAGAAUUCGCCCCCAUCGCUUGGUAGCUAAUAUUUUAAGGUCAGGUGUUUCAGUUGAGUCCAGAAGUGGAAUCCCAUCUCUUACCUGUUUAUCAUCAAGAGGUUUGCAUACGGAUCCAGCCAAACAAGAACAGGAACCAGACCAAGUGCAGAGGUCCGAUCAUCCUGUAGCUGAUCUAGAUGAUCCUUUCAAGGAGCCAGUUCAACCAUGUAUCCUCUGUCAGAAUCAAGUUCCUCUUUCCUACAAGAAUGUACAGUUACUUUCACAGUUUGUAUCUCCGAACACUGGUAAGAUUUAUGGUCGACAUAUCACUAAACUGUGCUCCUAUCAGCAGAAACAGGUGUCUAAGGCCAUCAAGAGAGCCAAACAGAUGGGUUUUAUGCCAUACAUGUACAGAGAGACAGUCUUUCUCAAAGAUCCCAACCUGUUUGAUAUCAGAUACACCGGGAACGUAGAUAUUGCGAUGCAAGAACCCUCGGAUCUCAUCCAGCCCGAGAUGCAAGAUGCAGAUAAAGAAAGUGAUGAUAAGAAGUGAUGGCUUUGGGGAGGAGGGGAGAGGGGGACGUUGUGAGCUGAGCCCAAUUUCAUAGAUAUGCUUAAGCAGAGGAUUAUGCUUAGCAAUUUUCUGCUAAGUGAAAAUAAGCAGAAUACCAGUCACAUUUUGUACGUUUAAAAUGGUAUUUUAGCUGGUGACCUUAUUCCAAUAAUAAGCUUAGUUUUGUUUUGUGCUUAAACAGAUGAAAUUGGAGCCAAUGAAAAAAUAACUGGAAUCUUUGUGUUUAAUACAAAGAAUGACGAUCUUAUGCCUGCUGUCUGGUGAAUUAAAAAUGGAGCACCUAAAUUGUUCAUGUGACAAUCCUUUUACAAACAGGCCUCGACCAAUCCCACUGAACCCUCCACUGGGCCAGCUCUCUUGACAGAGAAACAGAGUGAACUGAUACUAUAAACUAUAGGCAGGAAAUACCACAUACUUUGUACAAAAUUGUAAAGGAGGAUUUAUUGUUAUUAUUACCAAUGUAAGACAUUCUGUGUAUCCUUAAAACCAAUGAAAUUCAUUAGUUUUUAAUGAACCUUCAUUUGACAGAAAAACCAUGGGAAAUAAUACUUUAGUCUACUAAUAGACUAGGGCAAGUUCUUUGUACAAAAUUGUAAAGGAGGAUUAAAUUUUACUAAUGUAAGAGA